CACACAAACGCAGCACACAACAACCCCAAGUGAGAAUUCAUUCAUCAUGGGCUUCAUGCUGUCAAGCUAGCCGUUGUAUUUACGCGGGACGUGUGUAAUAAAUAGUUAGUGAACAGUAAUGCCAUUUGUAGAGCAUCGCCAGUAUCUGUAAAGCCGCAAUAUCUGCGGCUGGAUGAUUUCUAAGUUGAGCGACACUUUCCUGUGUGGUGUACUGGGAACUCACGUCUCGUGUUAUGGGAGAGACACGGAGGUCAGACGAACGGUGGACUGUCAACAAUAAUGUCCGAGUAAAACGAGACUGCUGCUGCUUGGCCAGCUGUAUGUUAAUCUUCUAGCACUGAUCAGCGUAAAAUUGAAUCAUGCCUGGGAAACUGAAGGCCAAAAUUGUGGCAGGGCGCCACUUGCCUGUGAUGGACAGAGCCAGUGACCUUACUGAUGCUUUCGUAGAGGUCAAGUUUGGAAACACAACCUUCAAAACGGAUGUCUGUCCCAAAUCCCUCAAUCCACAAUGGAACUCGGAGUGGUUCAAAUUUGAGGUCGAUGAUGAGGACUUGCAGGAUGAGCCAUUGCAGAUCACAGUAUUGGACCACGACACUUACAGUGCUAAUGAUGCCAUAGGGAAAGUUUACAUUGACAUUGAUCCACUGCUUUACAGUGAGGCUGCUUCUGUCAUCUCUGGCUGGUUUCCCAUCUAUGAUACCAUCCAUGGAAUUCGAGGGGAAAUAAACGUCAUUGUUAAAGUGGAACUCUUCAACGAUUUGAACCGUUUCAGACAGUCUUCAUGCGGGGUCAAGUUUUUCUGCACCACAUGUAUUCCACAGUGCUACAGGGCAACUUUGGUGCACGGCUUUGUUGAGGAACUCGUGGUAAAUGAAGAUCCAGAGUACCAGUGGAUUGACCGUAUCAGAACUCCCAGGGCCUCCAAUGAAGCGCGACAGAGGCUCAUCUCUCUCAUGUCUGGAGAACUACAGAGAAAAAUAGGGCUUAAAGUGCUGGAGAUGGGUGGGAAUGCAGUAGUGGGCUACUUGCAGUGUUUCGACCUGGAAGGAGAGUCGGGCCUGGUGGUCCGGGCCAUAGGUACCGCCUGCACGCUGGACAAACUCAGCUCUGGAAGUGCCCCUAACACCAAUACACACAUGCACCCAAACACAGCUCCUGCUUCCAAUGCCUGCAAUUCCCCCUCUAAAGAUGGAAAGGAGCCGGUAUUUGUUGAGGAUCUGCCCUCGUCCUCCGGCCCGCCAACCCCUUUCAGAGCCCUUCCCACCUCCUCCUCUCCUCCCCCCUUCUCUCCCUCCAAGCCAUGCAGCCGCCAGUCCUCAUCAUCAGACACAGACCUCAGUUUGACGCCCAAGACGGAGGAGCCCCAUUCAGUGAGAUGCAGACCUGGGAUCUUCCUCUGCCCCAGCUCCCCCAUCCUUUCCACAGACACUCUGUCCCUUCCUGGUUCUGGCUCAGUGGGCUGUGGUCGUGGCUCUAAUCCCAGGGCAACCACCUCAGCCCCACUCUCCUCCAUCCAGUCAGACUCUGCCUUGCUGAGAAAGAGCGUGUCCUUCACUGAGGACCUGCUGCUGGCAGCCUCCGGAAUGGGCAGUGGAGGCAGCGCCGGGAAGGAGGCGGGACCUCUGAGGACCCUCCUCAGACAACAGACGCAGACAGCUCUUGAGCAGCGGGGAGCGUCUUCCUCUGGGUUAUUGUUAAACGCCAGGGAGUUCCCCUUCUUCACCUUGACGUCGUUCCCGCCUGGUUUUCUGCUUCAUGUUGGUGGAGUGGUCAGCGCUCGAUCUGUCAAAUUACUGGAUCGGAUACACAACCCCGCCUUGGGUAACACGCGCUCAUACAAACUGCUAGACUGGAAUAGUGUCACUGCAGAUGAGCCCGAGACUCGCGAUGCCUGGUGGGAGGAGAUUCGCCAGGAGAUCAAAUCUCAUGCCAGAGCUCUCGGUUGCCAUGCGGUUGUAGGGUACAGUGAGAGCACAAGCAUCUGCGAGGAGGUGUGUAUUCUGUCCGCAUCUGGCACAGCAGCCAUCUUGAAUCCUCGGUACAUGCGUGAAGGCUGCCUGGACAUCGGCUGCACCGACCACAGGUUUGAGGAGCCAUCGCCACCGAACUGUGGCUUCUGUCACAUCCCGUACGAUGAGCUCAACAUGCCCUUCCCUGCACAGCUCACCUAUUGUUACCACUGUAGACGACAAAAGGUUCCUGAUGUGCUCUUCACAACAAUUGACCUGCCAUCAGAAGCAGCUGUUGCAGGAAAGGGCUGCCUUAUCCAGGCCAGGCUGUGCCGUCUAAAGAAGAAAGCCCAGGGAGAAGCGAAUGCAACGGCCAUCUCUAACCUGCUGCCUUUCAUGGAAUAUGAGCUACACACUCAGCUGAUGAAUAAGCUGAAACUGCGGAGCAUGAACGCGCUGUUUGGCCUGCACAUACAGAUCAGUGUUGGCGAGAACAUGCUCCUGGGUCUGGCUUCUGCUACAGGUGUGUACCUGACAGCUCUGCCUGCUCCAGGGGGUAUCCAGAUAGCAGGGAAGACUCCAGGAGACUUGAGCAGCGAGCAUAUAUCAUCCAUUCAGAAAAGGAUUAAUGACACCAUAGCUGUGAACAAAGAGCUCUAUCAAAUAAAUCCUCCGAAAUUAUUUGCCCUGGACCCUGAGGUGUUCUGCGGCAUAAACAUGGAGCUUGCAGAGGAAGGGGUGGGCUCUCCAAUCCCUGAGCCAAGGCAUCGAUCCAGACUUUUUCGCUCCCACUCGGAAAGCUCAGACGAGCUAUCAGAACUGGAUCUGUCCCACGGCAAAAAGGAUGCCUUCGUCCUGGAGAUUGAUGACACCGAUGCCGUGGAGGAUAUCCACUCCCUCCUGAUCGAUGCACCUCCCCCCACAGGUUUCUACAGCUGCAACACUGAAAAUAUGCCUGGGAUUUCUAACUGGACUUCAGGAGUACAGAUGUUUACAUCAGUGAGGGUUUUGAGGUUGAGCAAUGCCAAUCUUACUAACCAAGGCUUAAACAAGAUCUUUACUGACCUCUGUGAGAACCUGCUGAAGAGUUUUUACUUCAAGCUGCGCUCUAUGAUCCCCUGCUGUCUUUGUCAUCUCAACUUCACCGUAGCAGUGCCAGAAGAAGAGCUCAUACAGGUCACAGUGACAGCCGUUGCCAUGACCUAUGACAAGGAACAGACUCAGGAGAAGACAGCUGAGAAGCCCGUCAACAAAGGGAGCCUUGAGGCUGAAGAGCAGCUGCAGUUUCCCCUGGAAUUGUGUGCAGACUCGUCCUCUUCCAACAUUCAGACAGCAUCCAAAAUCUCAGGUGUUGGAGAAAGUACCAACAUGUCACCCAGAGCUGCCUCCGUUGAUUACGGUUCCUUUGCAGACAGAUGCAGCACCUGGCUAGAGCUGCUUAGGCUGAAAGCUCACACCAUAAGACGAGGAUCAGUUAAGACAAGUAGGAGGACACAGUCUCUAGCACACUCUGUCUCAUCUUUGGAGCGCUGCAGUCCACUUCAAGAGGGACGUUCCCGCUCGCUGCGCUCCAGUCGCUCGUUUGGAGGCAGCUCGGUAACGGUGGUGAAGAUGACGCCGCUCUCCUUCCUUCCCGGGACACGCAUCAUUAAAUACCUUGGCAUUAUCAACAUGUUUUUUAUCAGAGAGACGACAUCAUUACGGGAGGAAGGCGGUGUCAGCGGCUUCCUUCACUCAUUCAUCGCAGAGGUGUUUGCGAUGGUUCGAGCCCAUGUAGCGGCCCUCGGCGGCAAUGCAGUUGUGUCUUACAGCAUGAAAGAAUGUGUGUUCAUGGAAAAUCCGAAUAAAAAUCAGGCUCAGUGUCUCAUAAAUGUAAGCGGUGAUGCGGUUAUCUGCAUCAGCGAAACAGACCAGGAGUCCUCAGCAUCUACGGCAAAUACUGGACAGACCGGUGGCAGUGAAACUGAUGGGGCUACAUGACAAUGACACUGGUCCCCAAUUCUGGCUCCAAGAAACACACACUAAGUCAACACACUUUAAGUCUAGCCGUCCAAAUCUGACUGACUUAUGUUUGCCUUAAAACUCUAUAAAAGAUCCAAAGGCUUGGACACAGCGAAUAAAGAACCAUUGCUCAAGCAUGCAAAGCAAUCUAUAUUAAUAUAGGAGUGUGGGAUGUUUCUUUUUUGUUUAAAGAGAACAUAUUUUGCAGGACAUAUUAUGGAAUUUCAAAGUAUUUAAAAACAUUUAAUUUAAAACCAGUCACCGACUCCUUACACCUAACCUUCAUAUUAAAGCCAUCCAUGCUGGGGUCACUCGCAGCCACGGUAUAUUGGUCAUCCAGUCGGGUAUGAGUAAGGCAGCUAUGACUGAUUUGUCCAUCCACGGAUCACAGAUGUCGCUCAAUGACUGAAGUAAAAGGGAUACAAGCUAAUGAUUUUAAAACACAGUCAAAUUCUUACUCAGUUAUUUUCAUCCCAUGUGUUGAGCACCAAGUGAACAGAUUAUGCAUCAGGCAAGGCAAGUGUUUAAAUUUCAACUGAGUGGUGCUCUUUCUUAAACUAUAGAAAAAAUAGCCUGAAGUGGAAAAUUUUGAAGCUAAUUCCAAAGAAUCCAGGUGGACAUGUGAUCCGUUCACUGUUGUCCAAUUUUAAUGUUUUAUGUCUAAACUGGGCUCAUGUUGAAUUUUUGAGAAUCUUGCUAAUUAGUUUUAAAGUGUUUCUCAGAGGAAGUCCAAAAUUGUUCUGCAAGUGUGGAACGAUGGUGUCACAGCUGUAUUUCUGGGAGGAAACUCAUGUUACAUGCAUAUAGAUAACACAAGCCAAAAUUACAGGUGUUAUAUGCACAUAUUUUUGUAGAGCAAUAACUCCCUUUAGAAUAGCCAUUACCAUAUAUUCAGUAUAAAGCUAUUUAAAACUAUUAGAUUAUAUUGCUUUAUCUUAAAUUCAAGUGGCAUAGCAGGUAUGCUUUUUAUUCACAUGCAACUGGAGUGAGCAGGGAAAUGGUGACAGGUGUGAUGUCAGAUGAAUACAAACAAAACUGGUGAGUUGAUAUAAAGCGGGUCUUUGGGAUGUCGUAGCAGGGAUCUGUAAUAGAAUAUAAAAAAUGAGGUUGUUUUGAAGUAUUUAAACCUUGAUCUCUGGGUAUCGAAGCAACUGACGUCCUCUUGAUGCAUUUAUCUGUGUGUGUCAAAUUUCACAUACCUUCGCCAAGCUUAAUCGCUGUUUCGUGGGCACUCGUGUUUAUGUUUAGAGUCUUGCUGCUGGUCUUCUGUCUAUUGUGGGGGGGGGGGGGGGGAGCAGCUACAAGUGUCUGUGCCACCUGAAAACAGACUGUAAAUGUUCUCCAAAAAAAAAGAGAAAAAAAUCAGAUUUCUAGUAUUUUUGUAAGUUAAAGAGUCCUACUACUUAAUUCAGCUGUGCAAUGAGUUUCAUGAUGUUUUUGUGUCACUGUGUCAGAGGAUUAGUGGUACUCUGUUUUGUGUGUGAUCAGCUGUUUGUGAUUAGUUUCAUAUGUUUGUGUCUAAAACUUGAAUGUAAAUACUUGGAAGCUUUGGCUCUUUGACUAGCAGCAUGCAGACCCAUUUUUUUUUUUUAUUGCCAUGACCCUGUAUGCUUGCCUGAUAGGUCUUGCACAAUAAACCUGAGUCAAAGUGA